GGCCGCUGUCGGCGGCGGCUCCGGGCGGGGCCCCCCAAAAGCUGCUGCCCCCGCCCCCCGCGGGCCGCCCCUCUCCGGUGCCUCCCGCCGUGCCCCCGGCUUCUCCCGGCCCGCCUCCGCCCUCGCCGGGGCAGCCGGCGCCGCCGGCGCUGCCGCUGCACGCCAAGCAGAACCGGAUCACGCCCAUCCAGAAACCCCGCGGCCUGGACCCCGUGGAGAUCCUGCAGGAGCGCGAGUACAGGCUCCAGGCCCGCAUCGCCCACCGCAUCCAGGAGCUGGAAAAUCUCCCCGGCUCCUUGGCCGGAGACCUGCGGACCAAAGCCACCAUCGAGCUCAAAGCUCUGCGCCUGCUCAACUUCCAGCGCCAG